GCUCGGCCGCCUCCCCCCCGCUCGAGCUCGGGCAGCGGAGCCAUCCGGCGUCCCGGCGGCUCCCCCUCCGCUUCUCCCCCUCCCUUCCUCCCUCCUCCUCCCUGCAGCCGGGGAGGCCCCGGGGAGGCCAUCUAGGGCUGCUGCUGCUGCUGCUUCUGCUUCCUCCGCCCGGCCUGGGUCGGACGGGGCUUCGGGCGCCGGGCGGGGCCGGAGGAGCAGCGGGCAGGCAGGGCUCCGGCGGCCCGGCGACUUCGGCGGCUUCCCUCCCUCGGGCCGUCCGGCCAUGGCCAGCGGGGCGGCGGGCCCGGCGUGGGAGGCGGACGAGGAGCGGCGGGCGGCGGCGCUGCAGAAGCUGGUGGUCCGGCUGCGGAACCUGCAGGAGGGGAAGCAGCUGGAGAGCCUCUUGCAGACGCUGCAGGACCUGCUGGCCUUCGCCGCCCUGCCCGGCGGGGACCGGCUCUUCCGCGACGGGAGCAUCUACGUGCCUCUGCUGCUGGUGCUGGUCUCUUACCUGAGGGUGGGACGCGUGCAACAGGUGGGCUGGACACUUCUUUGCAAACUUAUUAAAAUAUGCCCAGAAACUCUGCAUCAUUUAACAGCACCACAAGGAGUCGGAAAAGACUGGGAAGUUCUCGGGGUCCAUCAGCAAAUUCUGAAGAUGCUUAAAACCCACAGCGCUGAUGUGCAUCUGUCAACGGUUGGCUUGAAAGCAUUAAAUCUACUUCUUUCUUCAGAUGAAAUCACGCUUCUUCUCUUAGAAGAAGGGACCGAUAUAUUUUUACUGAUAUUUGAUGCCAUGGAUACCUUUCCUGAUAAUGAAAAAAUCCAGAGAUAUGGAUGCAAAGCUUUGCACCUGCUUUUAGAAAAAGUUCCCGAGGAGCAGCUGGUUGAAUUUGUCGAAGAGAACGAUCACUUGAUCAUACUAAAAGUGUUUAAAAAGUUCCCCGAGAAGGAAAAUGUCCUCUGUUGUGCCCUUCGGUCGUUGUAUGUUUUGGCUGGGCCACUUAGCAAUGCGGAAGUUCUGAUGUCUGGAAAUGUACGGUGUUACAAUAUCAUCGUGGAAAUUAUGAAAGCGUUCCCCGCAUGUGAGCCAAUUCAGGAAGUCAGCUGCUGCCUACUGCACAAACUUACUCUGGAAAAUUUCUUCAAUAUCCUCGUGUUGAAUUCUGUACACGAAGUGAUCAUGAAGGCAGUAGAAACGUAUCCUGAAAAUGAGAAACUACAAGCAGCAGGCCUCAGCUGCUUGGCUCUCCUCACGGAAACCAUCUUUUUAAACAGAGAUUUGGAAGAAAAAAAGGAAGAGGAGGAGGGAGAAGAAGAAAAUAAAUUAUAUUGGCUGGAGACCUGCUACAAAGCGUUAAAAUAUCACCGGAGAAAUAGAGAUGUACAGGAAGCUGCUUGCUGGGCUCUGAACAAUCUGCUUAUGUAUCAACCGACUCUGAAUGAGAAGAUCGGGGAUGAAGAAAAAAAGUACCCAGCACAUAGAGAGAUGAUGCUAGCCAUGUUGAUGUAUUAUUCUUCCAAAGAAGUGUUCCAGGCUGCUGCUAAUGCCUUAGCUACUCUCGUGAAGCAAAAUGCAAAUGCCAGAGAGAUUCUCUUGGCCAAAGGGAUUCACAUGAAUGUGCUGGAGAUCAUGCGGAAACGGGCAGAUUCUCCCGAAAUUGCAGAAAGCGCUUGCCGAUUGCUGAACCAUGCUUUCGAAGGAAGUUUCUUGCAGCCGGAUAUCAUGAUCGCUGCUGCAUCGGGAUGCAUAAAGACUAUGAAGAAGCACAAAAGUUUGCCAUCAGUACAGCUAGAAGCACUUAAAGUAAUUUUACGUUGCAUGGUUCCAGGAGUGCUGAAAAAACAGCUCCAGGAUAGUUCAGAAGACGCUAACCAGGAAGCCAUGCUAACACUUAUGAAAAGUCAGUUUUUGUUAGAAGGAGGUCAUUCCCUUGUCAUUGGUGCUCUGAACACGUUUAUUGGAAAUCCAGGCAUUCAGAGGUGCGGACUUCAAAUACUUUCCACUAUAAGAGAUCGACCAACUUUAUUACAAAUGUUAUCCAACCUAGGAAUGGCAGAUACUCUGCUCCACACACUACAGAUGUAUCCGGAUGAUCAAGAAAUACAAUGCUUAGGUUUAAACUUUCUGGGAUCCUUGAUAUCAAAAAAGAUCUUAUGUACGGCCACUUUCUAUGCCUUGGUAUCUCCUUUGGUUUCGACGUUACGACGCUUUAAGGAUGUUGUCGAAAUUCAGGCUCAGGGAUUUCAAAUGAUCGCAACCAUACUCGACUCAUCCCCUUGGUUUGCAAAGCUGCUCAUACAGGAAUCGUUUGAGACCUGCCUCUUCUACCAGCUCUCCGUGUGUUUUAAUGAACAAAGAGAUCAGCAGUUUCAAAGCCUUUGCUGUAAAUGCUUUGCGAAAAUAACUGACCACGACAACUUGAAAAACCUGAUGCUGGAGAAGGCCUGUGAGGAAUGCAACAGCGUUAUGGCCGAGUGUUUGCUGCUCCUGGGCGCCGACGUGAAUACAAGCUCGAAGGAAAAGCCCUUAAUUUACGAAGUUUGUGAGAAAGGAAGCAACCCAAAAGUGGUCGAACUCCUGCUCAACAGUGGCGCCCGUGAACAAGACGUUCGCAGCGCUCUAACAGUCAGCAUGAAGAAAGGGGACAGCGAGAUCAUCAGUCUGCUUCUGAAAAAACUUUGCCUGGAUGUGACCAACCGUAGCAUUUGCCUGGGAGGAUUCGGUAUCGGGCGAAUCGAACCUUCGUGGCUGAUCCCCUUGUUUCCAAGCAGACCUGCGUCCUCCCGGAAGCAAACGAAUCCAAGUUCUCCGUUGGCCGUAAUGGUCCUUCGAUACCAGAGGACGAGUAGUUACGAAGAUCAGUCAAGAUCGGACAUCAGUAGCCAGAACGAUGAAAUGCAGAAGUUGGAAGAAUGGACGUUCUUACCUGACCCUUUAGUGGACAGUGUUUUCUUGUUGACUGACGACGUCGACAGCGAAGGGAGUGAAAGCUCGUUUAUAGUGAGGCAGAAAUCUUACUCUGUGGCAGCUGCCGACCGCCAGAAACCUCUUCAGACGUUUACGCCUCCUCUACAAAGACAUUCCAAGUCUGUGGGGGCUGGCUCACCUUACGAACCGCUAAAGAACCCAAGAAGAAAAAACUUGUUUUCUGAAGACUCGAACAAAGGCACGUCUGUAUACCAAUCCAGCAUGAAGAGCUCGGACAGCUUCCCUUCGUUGGUCUCCGACAGAGAAUAUAUUAAAUCCCUCGAUUUGUCCUCCAAUGAGCUGGAGAACAUAGAUCACAUCGGUCAAAGUCUUUCCUUAAUGACUCAUUUCGAACACCUCGAAAAGUUAGAACUGCAUCACAACCAGCUGUCGUGCGUUCCGAAGGCGCUCUGCGAGACCAUGAAAUGUUUGACUUACCUGGACCUCCACAGCAACCGUUUGAAGUCUUUCCCGCAAUAUCUCUUGGAGAUGCCUCAGAUCGCUCACCUCGACGUUUCGCGAAAUGAAAUUGGACCUACCUUAUGUUUCAGUCCAGCGAUCACCUGUCCAACUCUAAAAUUCCUCAAUUUGUCAUACAACCAACUGCUGGGCAUCCCUAGAUACCUUGGCAAUAUUCUCAGCAAGCUGGAACAUCUUAUAUUGGAAGGUAACAGACUUUCAACGUUGGUCGCACGGACCAGUUUAAAAGAACUGAAAAGUUUAAACAUUAGCAAGAACGACAUAUCGUACCUGGAUACCGAAUUUCUGCAGGACUGUUUGAAAUUGGAAAUACUCAAUGCAGCAGUAAAUGGCAUUUAUACCUUAAAGAACUUGCCUUGUAGCAUAACUUCAUUGAAACUAUCUCAAAAUGCUUUUUUCACUGUUCCUGAGGCAAUUCUUCUACUACCACAUUUGCGAUCGGUGGAUUUAAGCAACAAUAGAAUUGGGAUGCUACCCGGGCCUGCAUUUUGGAAAUCGUCCAAUUUAAGAGAAUUGAUAUUUAACCACAAUCAAAUAAGCGUUCUAGACUUGAAUGGCAAAGCUUCUUCUUGGUCUCGGCUCGAAAAGCUACACCUGUCUAACAACAGAUUAAGAGAGAUCCCUCCUGACAUUGGAUUUCUGGAAAACUUGACAUCUUUUGAUGUUAGUUACAAUCCAGCGAUCCGGUGUUUUCCAGACGAAAUGGGGAAAUUGUUGAAUAUAUGGGAUCUUCCUUUGGAAGGAUUACGUCUUAACUUAGAUUUUAAACAUGUGGGAGAGAAGGCAAGAGAUAUUAUCCGGUUCCUCCAACAGCGUUUAAAGAAAGCUGUGCCCUACCAUAGAAUGAAGCUCAUGGUUGUUGGAAACGCCAGCAGCGGUAAGACAACCUUGUUACAGCAGCUAAUGAAAUGCAGGAGGCCGGAUUUGGGACUUCAGAAGCCGACCAUCGGAAUUGACGUGAACGACUGGAAGAUCCCCCGGCGAGGCAAAAUCAAGAAAGAUACCGUUUUAAAUGUCUGGGACUUUGCAGGUCAAGAAGAAUUCUAUAGCGCUCACCCUCACUUUAUGACUCAGCGAGCUGUAUACCUCGCGGUGUAUGACCUGAGCAAAGGAAAAUCAGAAGUGGAUGCCAUGAAACCAUGGCUGUUUAAUAUCAAGACCCGCGCACCGUUCUCCCCUGUGAUUCUUAUUGGGACUCAUUUAGACAUCGCUACCGAGAAGCAGCGUAGAGCUUGUAUCAGUAAAAUCACCAAGGAGCUGAUGAAUCAGAAGGGAUUUCCUAAAAUCCACGACUAUCACUUUGUGAAUGCUACGGAAGAGUCCGAGUCCAUGGCUAAACUUCGACAAAUCAUCAUCAAAGAAUGUCUGGAUUUUAAAAUCCGAGACCAGCCCGUGAUUGGCCAGUUAAUUCCAGACAGCUACUUAGAACUUGAGAAGAGCAUUCUAGAAAUACGCAAAACAUUGCCGCCUGAAUUCCCCGUCAUUGGCCAGAGUCAGCUUUAUGAAUUGGUGCAAGAAAAGCAGCUACAGUUGGAUGAAAAUGAGCUUUCCCAUGCUGUGCAUUUUCUGAACGAAUCGGGUGUCCUGCUCCAUUUUCAAGAUCCAGCACUUCAGCUCCGAAAUUUCUAUUUUGUCGAUCCCAAAUGGCUGUGCAAAAUCAUAGCCCAGAUCUUGACGGUGAAGGUGGAUGGCUUUACCAAAUAUCCCAAAGGAAUCAUAAAGCGUUCGGAUGUGGAAAAAUCCCUGCUAAAGAACAGUAAAUUCCCUGAGAUUUGCAAGUGCCAAUACUUCAAGCUUCUAGAGAAAUUCCAGAUUGCUUUGCCGUUAGGGGAAGAUCAACUGCUUAUUCCGAGCAGCUUGUCGGAUCAACGGCCUGUGAUAGAAUUGCCUCACUGUGAAAACUCUGAGCUUAUUAUCAGAUUGUAUGAGAUGCCGUAUUUUCCUAUGGGAUUCUGGUCCAGACUAAUUAAUCGACUGCUUGAAGUGUCUUCGUACAUGCUUUCAGGAAGAGAACGAGCUCUUCGCCCUAACAAGAUGUAUUGGAGGCAAGGCAUCUAUUUGAACUGGUCUCCAGAAGCUUACACCCUGGUGGAAUCUGCAGUUCUGGAAAACAAUCUAAACAGCUUUUUAAAAAUCACGGUCCCUUCUUGCAGAAAAGGUUGCAUCAUUUUAGGGCAAGUUGUCGAUCACAUCGAUUCUCUUAUGGAGGAAUGGUUCCCGGGUUUAUUGGAAGUCGAUGUUUGCGGCGAAGGAGAAACGCUGUUGAAAAAAUGGGCUUUGUAUAGCUUUGAGGACGGAGAGGAACACCGGAAAAUAUUGUUGGAUGACCUACUUAAAAAGGCAGAGGAAGGUGACCUCUUAAUAAAUCCAGAUCAACCAAAGUCUACUGUUCCAAUAGCUCAAAUUGCUCCCGAUUUGAUUUUGGCCGAUUUACCUAGAAACAUCAUGUUGAACAAUGAUGAAUUGGAAUUUCAUCAGGCUCCGGAGAACCUUCUUGGUGAUGGUGGAUUUGGAUCCGUCUACCGUGCUGUUUAUAGCGGCGAAGAAGUAGCUGUAAAAGUUUUUAAUAAGCACACGUCCCUUAGGCUGCUGAGACAGGAACUUACGGUCCUUUGCCACCUUCACCAUCCUAGCCUGGUAUUCCUGAUGGCUGCGGCUGUGCGUCCCAUGAUGCUUGUCAUGGAAUUAGCCUCCAAAGGCUCUCUAGAUCGGUUGCUCCAGCAAGAAAAUGCAGGUCUAACCAGAACCUUACAGCACAGGAUAGCUCUGCACGUGGCAGAUGGCUUGAGGUACCUCCAUUCUUCCAUGAUCAUCUAUCGCGACUUAAAGCCUCACAACGUCUUGCUCUUCACGCUUUAUCCCAAUUCGGCGGUCAUUGCCAAGAUUGCCGAUUACGGCAUUUCCCAGUAUUGUUGCCGGAUGGGAAUAAAAACCUCCGAAGGCACACCAGGAUUUAGAGCACCAGAAGUUGCAAGAGGAAAUGUUAUUUACAAUCAACAAGCUGAUGUUUAUUCAUUUGGCUUGCUGCUGUAUGACAUUUUGACAGCUGGCGGGAGAAUAUUAGAGGGCAUAAAAUUUCCUAAUGAAUUUGAUGAAUUAGCUAUCCGUGGAAAACUGCCAGAUCCUGUCAAAGAAUACGGCUGUGCCCCCUGGCCAAGAUUUGAAGAUUUAAUUAAGAAAUGUUUGAAAGAAAAUCCUCAAGAAAGACCUACAUCUGACCAGGUUUAUGAAAUAUUGAACUCUGCCGAACUGGUUUGUUUCCUGAGACACAUUCCAGUGCCCUCUCCUUUUGCGUCGGAGUGCAUGGUGGCUACAAACCAAAGUAACAAAAAAACCGGGAUCUGGAUCGGAAGCGGUGGCAGAGGGGAAGCCCAGCUGUCAUUUGUCGAUGUAAAUACCGAUGAAUGCACCUGUAAAGACGUUGAGGAUAUUAGGAUAUUGUGCUUGGCCUUGGUGACAUUUUCUGCGGAAAAGGAGAACUGGGUGAUUGCAGGAACCCAAUCAGGAUCCCUCUGGGCCUUUCACACCCAAGAUGAAGAACGCAAGCAUCGGUUUCACACGAUGUCUGAUUCGGUCACCUGCCUUUACUGCAGUCCUUUGUCAAAGCAUAACAAGUACAGGAACGUCUUUUUGGUGGGUACAGCCAAUGGACAGCUGGCCAUUUUUGAGGACCAGGCAGUCAAGGGCAAAUGUGCCGCACCCUUAAGGAUGUUUCUCAUCGGAAGUGACAGCACUCCACUGAUGUGUUUAAGUGAAUCAAAUUAUUCCUCCGACAGAAAUACCAUCUGGGGCGGCUGUGGAUCGAAAAUAUUAUCAUUGUCCAGCGAUUUAUCUACCCACAAACUCAUCGAGACCAAGACGAGUCAACUGUUAUGUCACAAGGACUACUGCAAUGCCAAUAUUAUUUCUAUAGCAGUAGACAAAUUUAUCUACUUGGCAAAGAAGGACAGCUAUUUUGUUGAGAUUUGGGACAAAAAGGCAGAGAAGCUUUGCGAACUAAUUGACUGUGUGCACCUACUAAAAGCUGGGGUACCAAAACUGAAUACAGAAUCCAAGCAAAAACUCGCUUACCCGGGACGAGUGAAGAGCAUCUGUCUCCAGAAAAAUACGGCCUUGUGGGUCGGCACCGGAGGAGGCUACCUCUUACUACUUGACCUGUCCACCCGCCUCCCCAUAUGGAUCAUACAUGAUUUCUGUCGUUCAGUGAGAUUCAUGAUGACAACCCAGCUAGGCGCCCUCAAGAACGUCGUUCUGGUCUUGGGUUACAGCCAUGAAGAGGAGAGCAAAGACGGACACAUUAAAGGGAUACAAUCUUCUGUGUUUAUCUGGGAUGUGAACCUGUCACAUGAAGUGCAAAACUUGAGGAAACAUAUUGUGAUGAGGCAAGCGUUAGCAGAAAAGAUGAAGCAAUUUUCAUUGGAUUGAAGGAAUUCACUAGAUUUACACAAUUGAAGUUAGUUUCGUUGAAGAAGGACGGGGUGAAAUACUCAUUAAAUGCAACAUCACCACUUGGUUUCCUUUCCAAUGAAACAAAAAUAUUAAUUAUACAGCGGUGUUUAAUAUUCCACACUAAAAGGAUAAAAGUUGUGGCAGCACACCAAUUUAUUUCUUCUGGUUUCCGAUGCCAUGAGGUUUAAAUUAAUUCUCUUUUGCUACUUUUCCUACGCUUUUUCCUACGCUUUCCGUAGGUAUAAUUCAAUUCGUGUUUUAAGUACACGACUUAAAAUACAGAAGCUAUUUAAAUACCAGGAAAUUUAAAGGCAUCAUAAGUAUAAUUUUUGAUAACACCAAUUCACCUUUGGGUAUUUUUCAAAAUAAUUUGGAUGAAAUGUUUCGGGCUUCACGUCUGCCCAAAGUUUUUCUCUGGCUUUGUUCAGCUCACGUAUUUUCCCCCCCAAGGUUCUGUCUAAGGUGCUACUGCUGCUUUAAGGAUUUAACUUAUUGAAUUUUAUGUGUCCUUUAAUAAAAGGUUACACGAAUGUCAAGAUUUUCUUAGGUUUUGGGUGGAAGCCAGAAAAAGGAAGACCGUUCUAAUGAAUUAGAGGGAAGUGCUGUGCUCACAGGAGAUCUGAAACAUUUCAAAAACAAAUGAAGUGUUAGUAUCACUUUACGCUGCCUUGGUAAGGCCACUCUUGGAAUGCCGCAUCCAGUUCUGGUCACCAUAAUACAAGAACGAUGCUGAGACUUUAGAAAGAGUGCAGAGAAGAGCAACAAAGAUGAUUAGGUGUCUGGAGGCCAAACUGUGCGAUGAAUGACUGCGGGAAUUGGAUAUGUUUAGUCAAACGAAGAGAAGGACUAGCGGUUGAUACGAUAGCAGUCCUCCAAUAUUUGAGGCUGCCACAAAGAAGACGGGAUCAAGCUAUUCUCCAAAGCAGCUGAGGGCAGGACAAGAAGUAAUGGGUGGAAACUAAUCAAGGAGAGAAGCGACUUAGAACUAAGGAGGAAUUUCCUGACAGUGAGAACAAUUAACCAGUGGAACGGCUUGCCUCCAGAAGUUAUAGGUACUCCCAUCACUGGAGGUUUUCAGGAACAAUCUGGAAAGUGAUUUGUCCGGAAUGAUAUAGGCAGCCGGUUCAAACCGGUUCAGGCGAACCGGUAGUGAAAAUCGUGGGUGUGCCCGUCCCAGCUCUAUGCAGUCCUAUUUACACAUGUUUUUGAGCCCGGGUACAUGCGUGGAAGGCGUUCACAAGCAAAGCACAUAUGCAGAAGGCCAUGGGCAUGCACAGAAGUGGCCAUGCGUGUGCACACUCACAUUUGCAAACCAGUAGGGAAAGUAAGUGAAUACUGCCCCUGAACAUAUGGUCUCAUGCUUGACCAGGAGGUUGGACUAGAAGACCUUCAAGGUCCCUUCCAACUCUGUUUUUCUGGAUUCCUUCCAAAUAGUUUUCAGAGUGGGGAGGACAAAUAGGUUCGCUGUUACUGUUACUCCGAUGUGAAUUUUCACAUCUGAAUGUUGCCUUCUGCAUCCAGCGAUAAAGAGAGGAAUCUCUAAUCAAUAUAUUGACUUUGGUGUUAUCCUGUCAUUUAUAAUCAAUGUGCAAAACUUGGCUGUGUUAUUUUUUCCCCUAAAUAUACCGUGUUUCCCCAAAAAUAAAACCCGGUCUUAUAUUAAUUUUUGCUCCAAAAGACGGAUGAGGGCUUACUUUCUAGUUAGGUCUUAUUGUCGUGUCCCACUCCUCCGCUGACGGCCGGGUCGGGGAAGGUAUCAAGCGUGUCUCUGCAGCUUUGCCAAAGUCCUAUCAGAGUUCUCAAGGCAGGCAGGAGAUCAGGAAGUGACUUCAGCAAUCCAAGUUAGACUUUGCCUGACUCAGAGAAUGCCAGAAAGCAGAUCCUUUAUAUAGGCCAUGGGGUGUGGCUCCAUGACUCAGCACUUAUCCAGGCCUGCCCCUCCCUUCCUUCUGUUGCCGCCGCCUAUCAAUUCUCCGGAAGCGAGGAUCUCUCCAGGCUCCAGCUGUUGGUAAUUCACAUUCCUCAGGUUCACAUGCUGUGGGGGAGGGGGAGGGGUCUACUUGCUCCAUUUGUCUGGGCAUGGAGCCAGGGCUGGGGGCUGGAGGCACGUCGGCCGUUCGUCUUGCUCGGCCUGUCCGGGCAUGGUGCCAGGACUGGGGGCUGGAGGCAUGCCAGGACAUUCCUCAGCGUUCGGCAGGAGAUACGAAGGACCCGGCUGUGGGGAGAGCGAGCGAGACACAACACUUAUUUUAGGGGAAAUACAGUACUAAAUGCACCCAUCUGGCUGACAGUCUUAACUGGGGCUUAGUUUUUGGGGGGGUAGGGCUUAUAUGACGAGCAUCCUGAAAAAUCAUGCUAGGGCUUAUUUUCCGGUUGGGUCUUAUUUUCCGGGAAACAGGGUAUUAUAGACCUUUCCACGUUUUGUGAAAGCAACUAAGAUUCAGUUACUAGCAACUUGAAUCUUGGUGGCAUGUUACAAGCAUGGGGAUAUCCUUUUCUGAUUUUCGCUGCUGGGAAGCUUUUUUGAACCCUCGUGCUUCUAGAAUGAAGGAUGUGCUUUUUCUCUCAAACAAAUUGGAAUUAUCAGGAAGAGGAAAGAAAAAAAAAUGUAAAAUUGCCAAUUUCUUUGAUUUUAGUGACACAGCCUGAAGAAUGAAGUGUGCUCACAUUUCUAGACAUUUUAAAUCCUCAUCUGGAAAUAAGAAAAAAAAAGAACUUUUUUUUAUAAUGACUCUGUGGUUGCAGAUUAAUU